AUGGGUGGUGAGAACUGGCAUUUUUGGAACUUGGUAGAGCAAGAUCCUACGUUGGCUUUAUUGGGUUUAUAUAAAAAAGGUAAUAAAUGUAAUUCAAUGGAAAAAUUGGUAGAUUUCCUAUCAAAAAACAUCGUUUUACUUGAGAACAUGAAAAACAGUUCAAAUUCUAGAAAAGAGGGCUUAUUUAAUUUUUUAUUCUUAUUCCAAAAACUUAAUGUAAAAUCGGUGGAAAAUGAGAAUCCAGAAAACGCGUCAUUACUCCCUUUAGAUUUGAAAUUUGCAGAUUCAAUGUUAGAACAGAAGACUUUAUUAGAAGAUCUGGUUAUUCUACUUGUUAAUGGAGAGUUUGACGUAUUUAAAAAGCUAUAUAGUCUUUUAAUCAAAUUCAAUCCUUUAGAUUUGAAGGACUUACUCAGUAUUGAAAAGAAUCAAGGUUCGAUGAUAUGUAUUUAUUUCACAAUAUAUUUGUCCAUAUUACUGAAUGUAUUUGAAUAUGAGCAUAUUGGUAAUUUGAGAAAAGAAGGGGAAAUUGAGGAAUUAAAGUUGAAUUGGAUUAAUAAAUUCUUUUCUCAAAUAAAUGAUUUACUGGAUUACUUUUCCAAUAGAACUGGGGUUUUGAACAUUGCAGACAUUAACAAUGAUUUUUUGUUACUAAUCUAUGCACUGAUACUAUACUUGAUAUUUUCUAUUAUUGAUAUAGGAAAUGAUAGGAAGGGUGAAUGUAAAUUAAUGAUCAUGAAACUAAUAAAUAUCCAGCCAAAUAACUUAAAGUUCAAUUAUUGGUACUUGAAGAUUAUAUUGAUUAUUAUUGAAAAGACUGAUAUGGACUUUACUAUUACUGAGUUAGUAUCGAUAGUCCUACAUUAUCAAAAAUUUAUAGGCGAGAAGUUCAUUAAAGCAGAGAAUAGUGAUUAUUUGGAGAAAUCAAUGAAUAAGUUGAGUGUAUUUGAAGUGCACAUGAUGACUCAACUAUGCAGAAUGUGGGUGUCUAAAGAGAUAACUCUCAAAAAGCAGUUAAUACUAUUUUUGGAACGGUCUGUAUUUGCACAUCAUGAAUGGAAGAAGCAAAAUUUGGAUGGUUAUUUUUCGAAAAUUGAAGAUGAUUUAUCAAACUUGGACCCAAUUAAUAUUUUAUUUGUCAAGUUAUUAAACUUAUUUUGCAAAGGAUUUGGUGUUUCUAUGAUAGGAGUUGGUAACGGAGAAGACAAUCAUUUAACGAUCUCAGAUUUAAAGAAAAUUGAUAGUUUGUUUUUACUUAAUUUAUUUGAUGAGCUUCUACAUGGAGGGUGCUCUCAAAAAAUAAAUGGAGUGAUUUUAUUUGAUUCAAUAAGAAUGUUAGUCACAGUUUUAACAAUCUUGGUGGACCCUAAAAACUUUGAGAAUGAAAAUUAUGAUAUAAAAAGAGACAUUCAAAGUGAUUUACUCAUAGUUAAAAUACACAAGGGAGGAUGGAACUUGAAGACAUACGAAUGUUUUGAUUUAAUCGAGAAAUUGUUUUUGGUUAUCACUGUGUUAAUUAUAAGAUACAAAUCAGAUCACAAAGAGUUGAACAAUUCAAUUCAUACAAUUUCUUCGGUUUCUUCUUCAUCCACAAAUUCAGUCUUUAAAACAACAACUUUUGAUAUUUCUUUAUUCUUAAUACUUUGGAAUAAUUAUGUAACCUUAAUAAUAAAGAAAGAAUACAAGAACGAUCAAAUAGUAUUAAAUAAAUCCAUUCAGCUUGCUUUGAUAUACCUUGUUAACAGAAAAUACAAAUUGGAUAUACUUUGUGAGAUCACAUUUUCGAUCAGCGAAUACGAUGAGAAUUUACCGAUCCUAUUAGAUGAUAGAUACUUUGAUUUGAUUGAUCUUUGGAUCAGUCUAUGGAGGAAUUAUUUGUAUGAAAACCCUGAUCUAUUUUUCAGAAAAGGAGACGAAAUAGAAACUAUUUUUACAGUUCCAAAUAUAAAUUACUUUUUCGAAUAUCUCCGAAUUUUAGAUCAAGUUGUCUUACGUAAUACAGAAACUCCUCCAUCUCAAAAUUUGGUUUUAAAAGAUAAAGAAUCUAAUAAUAUUCAGAAAAUCAGUAAAAAAGUACUUGAGCUAACUGGAAUUAUCUCGAGUAUUUUAAUCUGUCAUAAAAUUAGUCACUCUUUUGAUAGAUAUAAUAUUUUAAUGGCAAUGCUUUCAGCUUCAGAAAAUCCCAGGAUAUUGUCAGAUUAUAUAUAUAAGCAAGUAACAAACACUCUUCAGUUGGAUGGUGCGUAUAUAUACAAUUGUCUAAAGUUCUUCAGGGAGAUAUGGAGUUCAAGCAUAAAAAUUCGUGUAUUUUCACUCAUUUCAGACUUGUAUAUUUCCCUAAUGAAACAGAGCCUGUUUCAGUUUAUACAAUGCUUAUUAAGCAAUUUUUCAGUCAGAGGAGGAAUUUUUGACAGAAGUUUUGCUCUUUUCAAAGUACGUGGAAUGAGAGGAAUUAUUUCUGACGAGGAUUUUGAAAUUCUACAGCAAAAGUUAACAGAUAUUUCCUCAUACUCGAAUUUAAGUUUGGGUGGAGACUCAAUUUCAUCUCUGAUUAAGAAUGAGAUAUUUUUUGGAUGUUAUUCUAUUGAUCUAUAUUAUACAAUAAAUAACAUACAAAAAGGGUGGCAAAGCCCUUCAUUAUCUAUCUCUCCAUCUUCUCCAAAGACUUUUCUAAAUAAGAAAAGGCAUUCCUCUUUGAUGAUUACAGAUUCAGAAGAUGUCUAUUCUAUCAUAAACCAUUUGAACCCACUUUUUGAUCAACUAACCAAUGAUAACGAUUAUUUGAUGUUAUUCAUGAAUACUGUAGGAGAGAUUAACAAAUGUUACUUUUACUUUCUAUUUGGAAAUAAAAAUAAUAAGAGUGGGGAGAGGAGUUUAAUUGAGCAGAUUUCAAACUUUUCUACAGUAUUUGGUGUUAAAUUUGAAGAUGAAAAGUUCAUGGCAAGUAUAAAUAUGGAGAAUGAGCUAUUAAAGUAUGUUAAUAAUGACGAUAAAAGGGAGAAGGUGAUUGAGGAGAGGUUAAAUUAUAAAUUCUACUCUCAAUUAAUAAUCAGGAUGAUUUAUUUAUGUACAUGGAUGAUUGUAGACAACAAUUAUGAAUCUUAUCGAUCAUUUUCCGAGAUUUUUGCCGAAAAAAUACUAAUUGGGCUUUUUGGUUUAUCUAAUGAUGAGAGAUUCUAUAAUAAUGGGGAAAGUGAUUUUAAUAUAUUUUCACCAAAUAUAAAUCAAGAAAAUGAUCAUUUUGAGAGAUUUAAUAGCUCACUUCAGGAUUACUACGUUUUGGAACAUUAUACAAAAUUUGUAUGUAUUAUUUGGUCAAUUAUCUCCUCAAUGGAUCCAGAAUCAAUUUUUAGAAUUUAUAUGAAAAUACUUAAAAGGAAAUCUUUAUCAUAUUACCAGCUUUACAUUUUGCUGGUAUUUUUAAUUGAAAGCUCUGACUGGUUUAUAUAUCAUGGUUAUUUCCAAUUUAUUGAUUUACUAAAACUAUUAAAGCAGGUAGAGUUAAUGACUAGUUUGUCAUCAGCUUAUCUACAAGUAGAACAUCAGGAUGGAGAAAAAACAUCUCAAGUUGACUCUUCAAUUUUACAUUUGAAGAUUUUAUUUGUUUCCUUAAUCUUAAAAUCAAUAACUAUCGAAAAAUCAAAAGAAGUGCCUUUGGAAGUUUACAAAAAAAAACAUUCUGCCAUUUCAAAAAGUAAUCAAAAUGAUAUGGAAAUUUCACAGAUAAAGAUUAGCACAUUUAAUAAUAAAUGGACUCAAAGAGACGCAUAUAUUAAUGGAGGAAGGUCGAUGGUAAAUUCCAGUUACUUCUUAUCGUGUCAAGUUUUACCAUAUUUAUGGUCAUUUUAUGAGAAUUACCCAACCUAUAAAGACAUAUACACGAGACUAUUACAAACUUCAACACAGCUUACAACUUACUUGGACAAUUUAUGCGUUAAUCUCUACGAUGGAAGGAAAUGGCAGGGAAUUAUGAGUAAUUUUAAUAAUACUGUUUCCGAGACUUUGGUUGACAUAUAUGACAACAGGCUACUGCCUUAUAACCAAUACAUAGUUUUGGAAUAUAUAUGGGAGUAUUACAUUAAUGGAAAUACAAUGCUUUUAAUUGAAAAAUAUAUUUCAGCCUUAACAUUUUCAAUAUAUAGUUUAAAAAAAGUGGGAUUUUUUGAAGUUUGGUUAAUAUUAUCUUUUUGGAAAAAGUAUCCAACCAGGAUAUAUAAACAUAUGAUGAAAGUAAACACUACUUGGAUUGUUUCAUUCUUGAUGGACCAUUUAAUUCACUAUUCUAUUUUGGUAAGAAACAAAUCGAUUGGUAUUUCCUCCUCAAGAAAAGAUUCAAUUCAUAUUUUUAAUAAUAUUGAGUUUGAAAACACAUUUUCGUUCUUGUUGUAUCAUUACCACCCACAGCAUUACCAUGAUAGGAUGAGUGGUAAGUAUUUCUGGUAUAAUGCGAAUAGUGAACAGGGUUAUUUAAAUAAAAUUAAUUCUCAUGCUGAGAUUAAAAGCUUAGUGGUAAAUUGUAGAUAUAAUCACGGAAACUACCUAUCAUUAUUCCAGUUCCAUGAUUAUUUACAUUAUAUUGGACAUUUACUCCCAUUUUCAGUUGUAAUUUACCUAUUAAGCAAUCAAUUUUCCUCAGAAAAGAAAAAGUUUAUCUCUAAUUCGCAUCACUUUCAUCAUUAUUUUCAUCAUAACUUAUAUACAAACACUUUAAUCGUUUGGAGUUGUGUUAGAUCAUUACUAUUAUUUCAAGAAUCUGAGUGGGAGUUACUAUUACUGCAGUAUAUGGAGAUAAUUAAGAGUAAUAAGAGAAACAAUCAGUUGGUAUUAACUUGCCUUUUGGAUAUGGCACUAAAAAGCACCAAAUUCUCACAAAUACUUUGUAUAUACACAAAUAAUCCAAACUCACCAGUAAUGAAUUUGUUUCAAAAGAGUUUAUUUAAAGAAUGCGACUCAUUACUAACAUAUAAAACUUUGAAAAACCGUGUAGAAAAUAUUGAAAGGAUUGAAGUUGAUGAAGAUAUGAAUAAUAAAUAUAACAAAAUAAAUAGCUCUGAGAUGAAUGACAAAGGCGUUAUAAAUCGUCUAAGAACAGUUCAAGAUAGUAUGGAAGGAUUGAACUUAAGAAUUUCAAGUGUCUCUUCUUUGAUUUAUAAAUGCUUGGAUGGAAUUUCACCAGCUUCAGAUAGCUUAAAUAGAUCCAGCCUAAAUUUACUACACAUUGAAAAUAAACAGCAUUCUAUUGCUAAUAUUCAGUUUUCAUUUUUCUACAUACUUUGCCAGCUUGGUGAGAUGGCUAAAUAUAGGAAUAGGAGAGGAGGAUUAGGCUCACCUCUGGAAGAAGAUGAAGACCCUUCAGUUUUAAUUGGACGAUUGAAUUCAAAAGAAAUAGCUCAAUUAAAAUCUGAGAUAGCUCAAGAUUUGUUAAUGAAGAUUGAAAGUGUAAUACAAAGAAGGGAAUACAAAAAUGUACCGUUUUUGAAUACUAAUAUGUUAAAGUCAUCUCAGACCAAGACAAGACUUCUUUCAAUUAAGAAAAUUAACAAGAUUAAAAUACUUCAGAGUGCUAAAAACAUUCCGUACUUACUUUCACUGCAAUUAACAAACCAUAAUAUAGAUGAUCAGGAAGAAAAUAUAACAGAAACUAAGAAAGAUUAUGAGCUGACAGUUAAUUUGAUUGUAAAAUGUAAUGAUGAUUGUCGUCAGGAUGUAAUCACUAUGCAAUAUAUACACGUUUUUCAAAAGAUUUUUGAAAUAUAUAACAUACCUGUAUGGUUGUAUCCAUAUAGGAUUCUGCCAAUGAUGUUCAAAGACAUUAAUAAUUCAGUGAUAUAUGGAGGGAUAAUUGAGUUCAUUGAAGAUAGUAUUUCUUUGCAUGAAAUUCACGAACUUCAUCCUGAAGGUGGAUUGAAAGCUUAUUAUGAGUCUACUUUUGGUUGUAUUAAGGAUUUGGGUGAUGAAAGAGGAAGAAGUAGCUAUGUAAGUUACGAACAAGCCAGAUAUAACUUCAUUUCUAGCUUGGCAGGAUAUUCUAUAGCUUGUUACGUUUUACAAAUCAAAGACAGACAUAAUGGUAAUAUUUUAAUAACAAAGAAUGGCCAUAUAAUACACAUUGAUUAUGGGUUUAUUUUUGAUAUUUCUCCUGGGAAUAAUUUGCACUUUGAAAGAGCAGCUUUCAAGGUAACUCAAGAGAUGUUAGACUUUAUGGAUGAUCAGGUAGACUUAUUUGAUGAUCUUUGUUUGUCUGGAUUUUUAGCUGUACGAGAACAUGCAGACUUGUUAUUAUCUUUAACACAAAUGUUAAUAAAUAGUGGAAUUCCAUGUUUUCGUGGAGAAACGAUUAAGAAACUCAAAGAAAGAUUGCUUCUCAACUUUUCACAGCAGCAGGCAUCAAAUAUAUUCUCAAAGAAAAUUCAUUCAGCUCAUAAUCACAUUACAACUAAAGGAUACGAUUUUGUACAGUUUAUUCAACAAGGAAUCAAAUAA